ACGGGUUUUCAAACUCGUCUAGUCUCUUCCGCACGUUGCAUCGUAUCAUUGCAGCGUUUUGAUCCAGAAUGGGAGGGCCUUGUCGACAUCGACAUCGCUCAAAUAAGAGACCGAGAUAAAAUCAAAGUAGUGACAAUAGACAACAUCCAAACAUCCAUGGCAGGUGAAACAUCUACCGCUAGUCUGGAUAGCCAUGAUCAUGGUGUAGAACAAUUAAUCCAGAACCUGCAAGAAGAGAGAACUGGUCUUGAUUAUAACCUCAGUAUAGCACAGGCCACCCUGGAGUCGCUGAAAGUCGCCCCAAGGGAAAGAGGUCUUGCAGGGAAACACACUAAUUUUACCUGCAGCAGUUGCCAUUACAAAGGACACCGUGUUAAUAACUGCAUGUUGCAUCCCUGUCGUGGGUACUAUGAAUGUGGCCAGCUCUCAUUACACCGGGAAGACAGAGAUCACUUAAAACAGGUUAGUUGAUAGACUAAAUUUUUAAGCAACAGAAAGUGUUUUCCGUGUUUGCACGGCCUAAUUUAAGCACGAGAGGAGUAGGGAAUUCUCGACAGUUUGCAUCGUCUCGGGUUUGCAUAACUUUCUUGAAUUCUCCCAACCCCAAUCCCUCUGGUGCUUAUAGCAGGCUAUGCAAAUACAGGAAAAAAGUUUUCUAUUGCUCAUAUAAAUUGACUUUCCCAAGAAAAAAUGCAAAACUAUUUGUUAUGGCAUAUAUAUUAGCAAAAGAUUUUAACAUAUCAAAUUAGGAAAGGUAUCAUUGUUUAUUUCAAAACAAUGGGGCGCAUUGAAUAUUCAAAAUAACCGAUGGCAUAGCCUUCACAACCUUGAAGGGAUGUCCCGUGAGUAGCCUCCACCCCCACCCUGUAUCCUUGAAAGAUGCACUCUUCUGAGGUGUGGUUAUUGGUGCCAUAAAGUGAUCUUUAAAAUGUCUACACUGCACAUGAUUAUGGUUUCUGUGCAUUUACUGGUGACACUUAUUAUUGUUUAAUCCAGGCUGAAGCUGAAGUGAAAGAAAUCCAAAAACAGCUGAAGAGAAAUAUGGAUGAAAUGGAAAACUACAAAUUGCUCAAGUAUGUCAUCAUUAUUCAAUAUUGCACAAAAGAGUGUGUGUGUGUGUGUUUUUUUGGAGCAUCCAAUGUUUUAUGUUUGGAAAUUGUUAUAUAAUGUAAGGUUAUCAAAAGGUGACUGAAAAGGCUGAACUUGUACAGAGACACUAACACACUAGAAACAUUGUUGGUUGAAAAUUGUAAUUUGGAGAGAGGACAGGAAAACUACACCAGUAAUUUUAGUAUUGCAUCGUUCGGCUUUUAAUACUUUUUGUCCACACUAACCUGACUCAAUGAAAACUUAUCGAUCACAGAAAAACAGGUAAGAGGUGUGGCUGUAAGGGGAGGUUUUCCAUUUUGUUCAGGGAAAUUUCACAUUUGUCAGGGAAAAGACAAAAGUUUGAAAUUUAAUGUUUGUUGUGACCAUGUAUAAUAUAUAUGUAUGUAAAUUAUUGUUGUCUUUCCAUCAUAAAUUCAGAUUCUUGUCCUUUUUUUUUGCUAGGGAAAGGACAAGAACCAACUUUUUUGCAAACACUAGGAAAAAGCUGCAGUGUCACAAUCCCAUCAAGUAUUCCAACAGAACAACACUAGACAAUGAUCUAAGAAUUUUAGCUACUGCGUGUAAUCAUAGGGUUCCAUCAGCCACUGCAGAUUUAGAGCAGAUAAUUGAGAAUUAUAGAAAUAAGGCAAGUAGGGUGAAGUCUGUGCAGAAUCAUGUUUCACAUGAUUAUAAUCGCACUGUGUACCAGAAACAGAAUUUGAACCAAUGUAAAUCGCCAAUAACAAUCAACAACCAAUGGGCACCAUUUAGCAUGCCUCAUUCACCACCAUACUAUGAAACUCAAAGUCCACCACCAUACAUGCACCAUCGAACCCCAAGUCCUGUGUCCCAUUGUCGGCCACCAUACAUGCAGCGCACAACUUCAAAUCUACGUCCACAAAGCCCAAGGUGGCAUUCUCCCUUUCAAAAUGUCAAUUACAGCAGACCUAAUUUGUCACCUGCCUUUUCCCCACAAUAUCAUUAUUCACCCAUGGGAGGGUAUCAUCAGAAACCACACCAGACACACCCCAACCAUUCUCAUAGAAGUUUUAAGACUCGCCUAAAUGAACAUGACCAUCCCUCCAAGAAGAGACUUAANAUAAUCGCACUGUGUACCAGAAACAGAAUUUGAACCAAUGUAAAUCGCCAAUAACAAUCAACAACCAAUGGGCACCAUUUAGCAUGCCUCAUUCACCACCAUACUAUGAAACUCAAAGUCCACCACCAUACAUGCACCAUCGAACCCCAAGUCCUGUGUCCCAUUGUCGGCCACCAUACAUGCAGCGCACAACUUCAAAUCUACGUCCACAAAGCCCAAGGUGGCAUUCUCCCUUUCAAAAUGUCAAUUACAGCAGACCUAAUUUGUCACCUGCCUUUUCCCCACAAUAUCAUUAUUCACCCAUGGGAGGGUAUCAUCAGAAACCACACCAGACACACCCCAACCAUUCUCAUAGAAGUUUUAAGACUCGCCUAAAUGAACAUGACCAUCCCUCCAAGAAGAGACUUAAGUAUACCAACCAGGCGCACAAAGAACCUGGCAAGAAAUUCAGGGAAUCUCUUAAAAGUGUAGCUGAAACUAAAACUGUUACCACUAUUGGGUCAGGUGAUGAAACACAAGAUGAUUCUCCAGUGGAAAGCCCUGGUCCUAAAACAAGCAGUGCAGAAGCAGAGGCAAGUGUGGUCAAAAGCAAUGAUGAAUGUUUUUCACAGUCUAUAAUAGAGGAAUCUUUUAAUUAUGAUGAAUGGGUGAAAAAGCAAAUUGCUAUAACAAAAGAAAUCUCUAAAAGUGAAUAA